AUCUAUGCCUAUGCUCGUGAGAAGGCUCCUCAGCUUGCUGUGUUCAAAGAAGACUGGGCGACCCAUGCUACGAUCCAGCAGUUCACCAAGAAUAGGAAGUACAACAACUGCAUCAAGAAGGAAGAGAUUGCUGCAGAGAAGGCUAGGCUGGAGAACACACUGGCAGAGGGGGAGGAGGGGGAGGGGGAGGAGGAGGAGGAGGAGGGGGAGCAUGCUGAUGAGCUUUAG